GAUUAGCUGCUGCUGCUGGGUUAGCUUAUAGCCUGAUGUACGGUCUCGCUUUCUUACAGGUGCACAUAAGGUAAAACAUCCAGACAUACAAAUCCUUUGUCCCCCGAGUGGUUUAAAACAGCUAUUGGAGACGGAGAUAAAUAAUUGAACCAGAAAAUGCGGUUGUCCGACUGCGCAUCCCAGGGAGUGAACAGGGAAAUGCAGCGCCAGUGUCCCGGCUGAGAGACGGAUCACACCACCUCGUCUGCUUUUUGACCCUUUGCCACGAAUAUUUUUUACCAAAGAUCAUCGUUUUCGAUAUGAUAGACAAAAUUAAGGUUGCUUGCUGGCCAGUGGUACCCUGCGUGGGUCCAGUCCUGCAGAGGCAUGUCCCGUCGGAAACAGAAACAACCCCAGCAGUUUUUGUACCUGACCUCUGCUGCCAGUCGGAUACCAGAGAAUGAUACUCCAUUGGCAGUGAAGUCACACUCUUCAUUGUUUACCCCAGACGCUUCUUUGGCCUCAUCCUUCACGCUGCAAAGACCUCAGCUUCCCUGUGAUUCUAGUCUAUCUCAUAAAAGACCCUACAGUGUUUGCAUCACAGAAACAACAACAGAGACCUGCUGUAAAAGUCAACCUCUCGAAAAACUGCCUCUUAUUUUCACACCAGAGAUUCUUAAGCCCCCCAUCUCCUUCACCUCUUCCCUAAAAGAAAUCUUCUUUAAUUCACAGAUGGCUUCUCCGAAGUUGGGGCUAUCAGCCACCACAACCUCCUCUUCAUCAUCACCAUGUGCCUCCUUAUGUCCUCCAUUGCAUCCUGGGAGCCCAAGCCGUGUUCCUGAGGGACCGCCCAGUCCUGUUACUCCUGUCCCAAGCCCAGGAGUGACAUCUGCAGCAGCUGCACCACCUCGAAUGCAACUCAGUAUUGCCCUAAUUCUGGAAGAGCUGCGGGUGCUGCAGCAAAGGCAAAUUCACCAGAUGCAGAUAACGGAGGAGAUCUGUAGACAAGUGCUUCGAUUGGGUGGUGCCUCCUACAAUAUAGAAACACCCUCCCAACAUUCUUUAUCAACACUUCCUCAACUCUGUCUGGAAGGAGACAAGCGUGCACCGAGCCCUGCAGUUACAUCAUCUGGAACUCAACCAUCCACCUCUGUGGCUCCUCUGCUGGCAUGCUUCUCCUCCCUUCUUCCCACGCAGUCAACUAACACCCCCUCCAAACAAAGCAGUUCCUUAUCGCAAAUCCUUCAGCCGCAUAAACCUACAGUUGAAGGCUCCAGUGGGAGUGCUGGGGCUUAUGGCUUUCCUAAAGUUACUCCUCAAUCAACUGCCCAGUCUCCUUCUCCAAUGGCUUCCCCAACAUUUCCAUUGGCCCUCUCUUUAGCUAUGCCCAGUCGUCAUCUUCAUGAGAAGUCCUCAAAUACAACCCCAUUAAGUGGUUUAUCCUCAAGAAACUCAAUGCCUCAAUCAAUUUCUAAUAGUCAGCACACCCAGCAGUUACCCUCUGAGGCAGACUCUGCCUCUACCUCUUCUGGCCGCCUUCUGCAUGUUUGUCGUUUUUGUGGCAAAUCCUUCAGCAGUGACUCAGCCCUGCAGAUACAUCUGCGCUCACACACAGGUGAACGUCCUUUCCAGUGUCCAGUCUGCUUCAGCCGCUUCACCACAAGAGGAAACCUAAAGGUGCACUUCCUUCGCCAUCGAGAGCAGAACCCAGAACUUUCACUUUCACUACUUCCUCCUUCUUUGUUUGGAAUGGCAUUAGGGAGUAGUGGGGGUUUGGACAUUGGACAGACCUUGAACAGUGGGAAUAGCCAGAAGAUGAGAAAAAGAUUUGAAGAAGGGCCAGAGGUCAGUGGUACAAGUACUGCUUUAUCAGGAGGGGGAACAGAAAAAUCUACUCCUUCGUCCUUGCCUCUUCCUCCUACUGUGGACCUGGCUUUAUUAUCACAAUCUUUGUUACAGCUUAACAGAGCAGCAGCUGCUGUAGCCUCAAUAACACCUAGCUCAACAGCUGCCUCCUCUUCGACCUCCUCUGCUCUAUCUUCCUCCCUCUUCUCCAACCCUCCACUGGUUUCACCCUCUACACUCACGGGAGUAUUCAAAAGUUCAAAGCAACAGCAUUUUGAUGAAAAUACCCCUCCUCAUGUCCCUGUUCUUUCUCCUGGUUCGUACUCCCAACUAGCCCAACAUUCCAAGCUCCUUUUUCCAUCUGUGUCCUCUUCACCUGCUGCCUCCAUUUUUAGUCAUCCUGCUUUAGGGUUUCUGCGCUCUCCAAUUCCUACAAAUCCAAACCUGCACCACCUCACCUCGACUAGUCAUCCUCCAAUUGCAUUUACAUCUUCGUCUUUAGAGAGACCAUCGUGUCCAUCUACCACUGCACAAUGCUCUCUGUCUUCAUCAAUCCCCACUUCAACACCUACAUCUGAAACAUCCAAGUUGCAAAGACUGGUGGAGAAACUAGAAAAAGUGUCUUCUCAAACCUCAUCUUUAUGGGUGCCAUCUAGCAGUACAGUUACCUCAUCAGGUUUACCCAGCUGUUGUUUCACAAAUGCUAGCACCUCAACAACUUAUGUAAUGGCAUCCCCAACAUCCUCAGCAUUAGUUGAUACUUCAGUCUCAAACUUAGCACAUAAUGUAGUUGCAGCUCUUGGACUGAGUGCAAAUGGAUCAAACAAUUUAGCAGGAGGCCAGCUCUCAUCAUACAAUAUGAUUGGGCUGACUAGCAAUUUAGUGGCCAAUCAGUGUGGUGUUUGUUUAAGAGUUAUGAGUUGUCCACGCGCACUGCGCUUACACCAGGCUACACAUCUUGGUGAGCGACCAUUUCCUUGUAAGUUAUGUGGCCGAUCCUUCUCUACCAAAGGCAGUCUGCGGUCUCAUUUGGCGACACACCAUGCUCGACCAGCCAAUGCCCGUCUCCAGAACUCCUGUCCGUUAUGCCAACGCAAGUUCACCAAUGCUCUUGUACUUCAACACCACAUACGCAUGCAUCUUGGUGGGCAGCUGCCCCCAGGUAGUUCAGAUGAUCCCACAGCUCAAACCUCAGAGCAGUGUAAUAAUAAAGCAUUGACACAAAGCCAGAGCCAGUCUACUGAACCAGGCACAAGCAAAGCACCUUUUUUUGAGAAUGACCUCCCAAAGGGCCCAGUUUUAAAUUCACAAAAUCAGACCUCUGCAGCCCUCUCUGUCAGUGUUACUCAUGAUACAAAAUCAAAAGACGAGUGCGGUUCUGCAUCUGCAAGUCCUCGCCUCACCACACUGCCCAUUUCUGAGUCACCUUCAGGUCCCUGUACAGAACCCACACCACCAAGAAGUGUGGAUCAAACCAGUAGCUUGCUCCCAUCAGAUGACCAGCAAACAGAAGAAGGCACAGGAGUUAGUGAUCCUCAGACUAACACUGAGUCUCAGGCAUCUCUCUCUAAUGCGUCACCAGAACCUUGUGUUGCAAAAAGCACCAUGUCUUCAACAGCAGAGACCAUAGAGUCCCUCAUGGAUUUGGAAGAAGCUGAGGCAUCUACGUCCUCUGAUAUCUUCCCAUGUGCAGGAUCUUCCAUUGAAAACAUCUGUGAGACUUUGGCAUGCUUAACGCCUGACCCAACUCAGAGUCAAGAAACAUCUCUUGUAAAUACACCGCAGAUUCUGUCAGAUUCCAAAUCUCCAGAACCUGCAAAAGUUGAGAAAGACAAUAUUUCCAAAUCUGGAACUCCAAAGCAGGACUACUUGUCUGAUAAAGAUCCAAAAACACCAUCUGCUUUGGAGACAGUAGAUCCAACUGGUGGUGAGGUAAACAGUCCACCAGCUUCUGCUUUUAUUAAAGAAACACAAAAGCACUUUAAUUAUGGAUCUUAUGAAAAGGAAGACACUGUGGAGUUUGGUGAAGCAGUGGAUGUGCCCAUAAGCCUAACUCCAACACUCCCCUCCCCUAUGUCUCGUCCAGAGAAGAAGACGUACUGUUGUGCAGAAUGUGGGAAAGAAUAUGCCAGCCGCAGUGGCCUGAAGGGUCACAUGAAACAUCAUGGAGUGUAUUCAAAAACACGGCCAUCAGCGCGCAGCAGCCGCUCUAGCUCUGAUACAGUUAAAACUUCAGUGAGCUCCUUGAAUGUUCCUGCCACAAGGAGUUCUGCUAGUUUUUGGAACCAGUACAAAACCCUCCUCAACACCAGUGCUGAGACUCAUGAUGCUCCCUCAGGCAGCCAGGGGGAGAGUGAACCUGCACGGUCUGUGCGCUCUGCUCGAUCCAGGAUGGAGUCAAGAGCUGCUGUUGAGGCUCAUAAAGGGGAUGAAACAUAAGCUCUCUGUGAUAGCGCAGUAGGCAAUGGCUUACUGUAUGGUGAAACUGUUUUUGUGUAGUGUUGUUUUUUAAAUCAUGAAUCAAGCCGUCAGACUGACAGUUAUUGUAAUUUAAUGUGUGUCCUGUUGUGUUUAAUAAAGACAACACUAGUGCUCAGAUCUUAAAGGAAGAGUGAUGGUAAAAGUAGUUUAAAUUUAAAACAUGUUAAUGGUGUCCUAAGUAGUUUGGAGAGACUAUUUCAUAACAUGUACAUGUUGAUCUUUUUUGCUUUUAUGUUAAUUUUGAAUCAUUAUGACUAUUGCUAAUGAUUGCUGUAGCUAUAGUUUUAAUGUUUCUUUGAUCCAGCAGCUGAGAAAUAAUCUAAUCAAAAUACUUACCUGUAAAAUAUAGCCUAUUUCGCACCAACAACAAAACUAGACAGUGUCUGUGCAGAAUCUCUUGUCAUCCAUGCGUAGUUCAGAUAAACUAAUGUUUCAUUGUGUUUUUUUAUUAGCCUUGUUGUCAAGCCAGAAGCACAGUCUUAUAGCUUGUUAUCAGUGAGCAUAAGGUGUUCAAUGUAACUCUUGACCUUAAUAUCUGUAACUGCCUCUUUGUGAUAUAACUAAACCAUGAACUGACGAUAAACAUCUGAUGCUUGUCUU